CUGUCUAAAAAAAAAAAAAAAAAAAAAAGAUCCAUCUUGGGAUUUAGAAAAAGAGGCUCACUCCUGGGGCACGGGGGCUCACUCCUGUAAUCCCACCACUUUGGAAGGCCAAGGUGAGAGAAUUGCGUGAGUCCAGGAGUUCAAGACCAGCUUAGGCAAUAUAGUGAGACCCUGUUUGUUAAAAAAAAAAUUGCCUAAAUUGUCCCAGAAGGAGGAAAACACUUCAAAAAGCCAGCAAUUGUAGAAGAGUCAAGGUACCAAAAUACUUCCAUUAAAAUAAGGCAGACCUAUUUGUUUCCAUGUGAAUUCUUUUUUUUUUUUGAGACGGAGUUUCACUCUUGUUAUCCAGGCUGGAGUGCAAUGGCACGAUCUCGGCUCACCGCAACCUCCGCCUCCUGGGUUCAGGCAAUUCUCCUGCCUCAGCCUCCCGAGUAGCUGGGAUUACAGGCACACACCACCAUGCCCAGCUAAUUUUUUGUAUCUUUAGUAGAGACAGGGUUUCACCAUAUUGACCUGGAUGGUCUCGAUCUCUUGACCUCGUGAUCCACCCGCCUCGGCCUCCCAAAGUGCUGGGAUUACAGGCUUGAGCCACCGCGCCCAGCAUAAAUUCUUUAAAACUUUUUUAUCUUUUUUUGGGAGACAGAGUCUCGCUCUGUAACCCAGGCUGAAGUGCAGUGGCGCGAUCUCAACUCACUGUAACCUCUGCCUCCCAGGUCCCAGUUCAAGCAGUUCUCCUACCUCAGCCUCCCAAGUAGCUGGGUUUACAGGCAUGUACUACCAUGCCCAGCUAAUUUUUGUAUUUUUAGUAGAGAUGGGGUUUCACCAUGUUGGCCAGGCUGGUCUUGAACUCCUGACCUCGUGAUCCACCUGCCUCAGCCUCCCAAAGUGCUGGGAUUACAGGCAUGAGCCACCACACCUGGCCUGAAUUCUUUAAAACUUUUAGGGGGGUUAGGGAAUUCAUGUGGAGGUCAGAGUGGAAGCAGGUGUGAGAGGGUCCAGCAUAAGAAAACAUGGCUGCCAAAGUGUUUGAGACCAUUGGCAAGUUUGGCCUGGCCUUAGCUGUUGCAGGAGGUGUGGUGAACUCGGCCUUAUAUAAUGUGGAUGCUGGGCACAGAGCUGUCAUCUUUGACCGAUUCCGUGGAGUACAGGACAUUGUGGUAGGGGAAGGGACUCACUUUCUCAUCCCAUGGGUACAGAAACCAAUUAUCUUUGACUGCCAUUCUUGGCCAUGUAAUGUGCCAGUCAUCACUGGUAGCAAAGAUUUACAGAACGUCAACAUCACACUACGAAUUCUCUUCCGGCCCAUUGCUAGCCAGCUGCCUCUCAUCUUCACCAGCACCAGAGAGGACUAUGAUGAGUGUGUGCUGCCGUCCAUCACGACCGAGAUCCUCAGGUCAGACAUGGCUCGCUUUGAUGCUGGAGAUCUGAUCACUCAGAGAGAGCUGGUCUCCAGGCAGGUGAGCGACGACCUUACAGAGCGAGCAGCCACCUUUGGGCUCAUCCUGGACGAUGUGUCCUUGACACAUCUGACCUUCAGGAAGGAGUUCACAGAAGCGGUGGAAGCCAAACAGGUGGCUCAGCAGGAAGCAGAGAGGGCCAGAUUUGUGGUGGAAAAGGCUGAGCAGCAGAAAAAGGCGGCUAUCAUCUCUGCUGAGGGCGACUCCACGGCAGCUGAGCUGAUUGCCAACUCACUGGCCACCGCAGGGGAUGAGCUGAUCAGGCUGUGCAAGCUGGAAGCUACGGAGGACAUUGCGUACCAGCUGUCACGCUCUCGGAACAUCACCUACCUGCCGGCGGGGCAGUCCGUGCUCCUCCAGCUGCCCCAGUGAGGGCCCACUCUACCUGCACCUCCACAGGCUGACUGGGCCACAGCCCCAGUGAUUCUUGACACUGCCUGCCUUCUGCCCCCACCCCAAAAAUCACUGUGAAAUCUCAUGAUUGGCUUAAAGUGAAGGAAAUAAAGUAAAAUCACUUCAGA